AUUUGUCUAGGCUUCCCUUUGACUGCUGGAGGAAGGAGGAGCAGGCCAGACUACUGUUCUUGGAGGGUGCACACCUUUUUGUCUGCUGCUGACCAUUGCUGUGGGAACCCACUUCUAUCCAGAGCCAGGGAAGGGCAAUGCAAGCAAGCUGGUGAAGGCCUUCCUCCUCUCCACCAUGGUCGACACUACCAAGUAUGAAGCGGCUGCCCAGCACGAGGCAGAUUCCUCUGCUCUGGAAGAUGGGGCCAGCCCAGUGGCCGAGCAGGUAAAGCUGAAGAAGGAGAUCUCACUACUUAACGGCGUGUCCCUGAUAGUGGGGAACAUGAUUGGCUCCGGCAUCUUUGUCUCCCCCAAGGGUGUACUCAUGUACAGUGCCUCUUUUGGCCUCUCGUUGGUCAUCUGGGCCGUUGGGGGCAUUUUCUCCGUCUUUGGGGCCCUUUGUUAUGCCGAACUGGGUACCACCAUUAAGAAAUCUGGAGCCAGUUACGCUUAUAUCCUGGAGGCCUUCGGAGGAUUUCUUGCCUUCAUCCGCCUCUGGACUUCUCUGCUCAUCAUUGAACCCACCAGCCAGGCCGUCAUUGCCAUCACCUUUGCAAACUACAUGGUGCAGCCCCUCUUCCCGAGCUGUGCUGCUCCCUAUGCUGCUGCCCGCCUGCUGGCUGCUGCCUGUAUCUGUCUCUUAACCUUCAUUAACUGUGCCUAUGUCAAGUGGGGAACCCUGGUCCAAGACAUUUUCACCUAUGCUAAAGUGUUGGCGCUGAUUGCGGUUAUCAUUGCAGGCGUUGUUACACUUGGCCAGGGAACCACGAGUCACUUUGAGAAUUCCUUCGAGGGUUCAUCGUUUGCAAUGGGUGACAUCGCCCUGGCGCUCUACUCAGCUUUGUUCUCCUACUCGGGCUGGGACACCCUUAACUAUGUCACUGAAGAGAUCAGGAAUCCUGAGCGGAACCUGCCCCUCUCCAUUGGCAUUUCUAUGCCCAUUGUCACCAUCAUCUACCUCUUGACCAACGUGGCCUAUUACAGUGUGCUCGACAUGAAGGACAUCCUGGCGAGUGAAGCUGUUGCUGUGACCUUUGCGGAUCGGAUUUUUGGAAUAUUCAACUGGACAAUUCCAGUGGCAGUUGCAUUAUCCUGCUUUGGUGGCCUCAAUGCUUCCAUUGUGGCUGCUUCUAGGCUUUUAUUUGUGGGCUCAAGAGAAGGCCACCUCCCUGAUGCCAUCUGUAUGAUUCAUGUUGAGCGAUUCACACCAGUGCCUUCUCUACUCUUCAAUGGCAUCUUGGCACUGGUCUACUUGUGUGUGGAGGACAUUUUCCAGCUCAUUAACUACUACAGCUUCAGCUACUGGUUCUUUGUGGGGCUUUCCAUCGUGGGUCAGCUUUAUCUACGCUGGAAGGAACCUGACCGGCCUCGCCCUCUCAAGCUCAGCCUUUUCUUCCCCAUUGUCUUCUGCCUCUGCACCAUCUUCCUGGUGGCCGUCCCACUUUACAGUGACACCAUCAACUCCCUCAUCGGCAUCGCCAUUGCCCUCUCAGGCUUGCCCUUCUACUUCCUCAUCGUCAGGGUCCCCGAGCACAAGCGACCUCUCUGCCUUCGCAGGAUCGUAGCCUCCACCACACGGUACCUCCAGAUCCUCUGCAUGUCAGUUGCUACAGAACUGGAUUUGGAAGAUGGAGAGAUGCCCAAACAACAAGGUCGCAAGUCUAAGUAGAGCUUGGAAUUCUGAGAUGUGGACAAAUGGGUGCUUCUUACGUCCCACUGGCCAGAACCUCUUUGGAGGUACUCCAUCCAGGAGCCCAGUCUCGGCAGCUUCAACUUUGAACUUGUUUUUGAGGGAUGAAAAAUAAUUUAUUUGUUUUGCUAUGUGUUGUUUCAGACUUCAUAAAGGGAUAAUGCAGACUGGCAGGAAGCAGGCCACUUCUGGGGCCUGGUUCUGGAAGUGCCUGGGUGUGCCUACCCACUCCUUUCCUUCACAGGGACCAACAAUGCUCCAAACUUGUCUCCUUUAGAGGGACACAAAACUGUCAGAGUUGCAAAACAAUAAAAAGGUUAUGU